AUGGAUAUAAUCGUUAUUUUUGUAGAACAGGAUUCGUCAGUUCAUCAUUAUGACGAUAUACCUGAAGUGACGGAAGAUGCUGUGAGAGAAGCAUUGCGAAAUGAAGCAAAGCGCCACAAAUACUGGAAGGCUAGCGCUGUUACAAAAAUGACCAUAAAUAGUAUUGAAAAUAGCGCUUGCUUACACUAUGCUCUUGAAAGCUUUACUGAAAUGCGUAGCACAAAUAAAGCUGUAGAAGGUGUUACACUUGGACAGUUUUUGCAAAUUCAACAAAAUAGUAUCUCUACUGUUACAAGUAUGGAUGUUAAUCCAUGGGAUUAUGCAAUUGAUCCAUCUGAAGCCUUCGUUGACAUAAUUUUUAUGCUACUUUUUGAACUAGUCGCUUGUCACUCUUGCAAUGCGGAGGGCUUAACACAUUGCUUCUAUUGUCGUGGUUAUGGUACCGACAAAUGCACUUAUUGCAGAGGAACAGGAAUGAAAGCAGGAGUUGCCCACCCAGCCAUUUAUACUCAUCCAAUGGUUGCUUCCUUUCCUCAUUCAGACUUGAGCCGAGGUUACCCAAGUUCAGGCACGGCAGUUGUAAGACCUUCAUCGGGAGGCCUGGCCUAUGGUGUAGGUACACCAAUCCAUUUUAUGGCGCGAGCAGGAGUCCCACCGCCAGGUAUUGGCCAGCACGACUUGUGUCAUUUUUGUCAAGGUCGUGGCAUUCGGGAAUGUUCACACUGCAAAGGGCAUGGAAAGAAACCAUGUUCAGCGUGUGGUGGGAGCGGCAGCAUACGAACUUACAUCAAAUUACGAGUACAUUUUCAAAAUUUCACAUUUCUACACAAUUUUAGAUUUUGCAGUGCCGUUGAGCACAGUGACUAUUAUAGUCCCUGUGAUGUACCUGAAAAAAUGCUAUCAAGAGUUGGUGGAAAAGUGAUUAUGAGCGAAUGUCAACCUUAUAUAUUGCCACUAAAAAAGUAUCCUGUUCAACAAAUCAAUGAAACAAGUCGACAAAUGUGCGCUACACAUUUGGAGAAAUGUAUAGGUAAAUGUCGCAUUAUUAAGCAACGACAUUUUCUGGAAGCCAUACCAGUAGCCAAAGUACAUUAUCAUCUUGGUUCGCGAGAAGGUAUAUUCUGGAUAUAUGGUGUUGAACACUACUGCUAUGUACCGCACUAUCCAUCAAAAUGUACACUGAUAUAA